AUGUCUGACUGGGAAACCACCACCAAGAUUGGCAGCAAGUACAGCGGCGCUGGUGCUGCCCCUCGCGAGUCCACAAUUAAGGGCAAGUCCGCCCUGAACGCCGCCCAGCGAUCUGGCGCCGUCCUUUCCACCGAGAAGAAGUACGCAACUGGCAACGCUAUCGGCAAGGGAGUUGAGGGCCAGCACCUCACCAAGGUUGAUCGAACCGACGAUACCGGCAAAAUCGAUACUGUCGGCCCUAAAGUUGCAGAUAUUGUUAGGAGACGCCGCGUCGAAAUGGGCUUCAAGACACAGAGAGAGCUCGCCACAAAGACCAAUAUUAAGUCGGAAAUUAUCGGGCUGCUCGAGUCAGGGAAUCUCAUGAAGACGGAAUUCAGUCCUCUUUUGAACAAGCUGCAAUCAACACUACAAGUCAAACUCUCAGGCAAUGACAUCGGUGGAGUAAUGGAGAAGAAACAAUUCAAGAGGAACAACAACCCCGCCAAAAAAUAA